CCUGCGUCGGCUGGCUGUGCGCGCUCAUAGGUCGGACCAAGAAGAAUCGGAGGGGGAGCAAGUAAAGUGCGCGCCUACGAGACUGCGCGUCGCAAGGAGGGGUAGAGGUUCAGCUGAAAAAAAAAAAAAGAAAAAAAAGGAAGGCGAAAAAAAAAUACACCGUGACAAUGGCAACAUCAAGCAUCUCGUAAAAGGUAGAUAACAGGCGAGGGGGCGCCACGAAUCGGGAGUUUGAGAGGCGACGGCCCCUGUUGGUCCCGAGAAAAGCGGCGAUAUUAGGACAUGCUGGCUGCCCUAUAGCGCGUUUCCUGGAAUACGAAUUCUUCCGUAAUUGAAAAUGGAGCGGCGGGGGAGAGGAGAGUCGCGCUGUCUCCAUCAUUGAGAGGCGCGUCCACCUGCUAUUACUGGAGGCCCGGGCUGCUGCUGCUGCUGGUGGUGGUGGUGCUGGUGGUGGCGGCAGGGGAGGGAGGGUUGGGGGACAUGCAGGGGAAGUGUUUGCAUUUCGGGGGAAAGACGCAUCUCUGAUACUGUCCAGGGCAGCUGAGAAGGAUCCCAUUGCGACGGGGGAAAAAACGCAGUUUGGGCGCACACGCUCUGGAGGUGGGACAGUCAAAAUGAUGCGUGGGUGGUGCAGCGUUGAGCCGUAUUGAUGGAUGUGUUAACAGACAGCGGUCUCACAUUGAUUGUGAAGACUUCAGAACCCGAGAAUCCAAAUGCAGUGGAGAGCACAGGUAACUAUUCAGGGCUAUGUGAGCAGAGUAGCGAUCUGAGUCUGUGCGGGCUCGUCGAUGCUGCUCUCCCUCCGUCCUCGCCUCCACCUGCCGCAGAGACUUCACAACAGGCCUGCCCAGCGCAUCAGAGGACCACUCCUACAUCGCCAGCCCUCCCCUUGCCCCUUGGGACUGAGCCCUCUCUGGGCCUAACAGUAGCCCCUUCCUCCAAUGACCCUCCAACUGCGGUUCCCCAUCUUCACCACACGCCCGCUCCCUCAUCACUCUCUAGCCCAGCUGUAAGCUCCUGGGCGCCGACAGGAGACAACCAGAAAACGUCCCUUCCAUUACCCGUUGCCCUCCCUCUAUCAGCGACAAUGAUGGAGCCUGGCACUGUGUCUGGCCUGACGGAGGAGUGUCUUCUUCAGCCUAACCGAACUUGCCUCGGCUGCUUCAUUGAAACACGUGAUGCCACUGACCCUAACGCCAUCCAGAACACACCCCACGACCCCACCGCCAACCCUGACACAGAGACUGGUCUAAGUGUAAGGAUAGGGGAUGUGAGCCGAGAGGACUUCUCUGACAUCAACAACAUCAGCAUUCAGUGCCUGAGCCACGCGGGGGAGGCAGUGAGUCACUAUGGAGAACAGCUCCUCUCUGACCAGCUACUUAGCUUUCCUCUGCCAAAAGCCCCAGGUGAGGGCAAGAGAGGGGAUGCAAACAAAACAACAGGGGACUGCGAUGACCCCGAAGAUGAUGCAACAGCUAAGAAUUUGUAUGAAGGACUGUUACUAGACAAGGUUAGUGGAGAAGAAGUUCUCCUGGCUAACGCCAGCCAGGACUGGGGCUACUUUGAGUCUUUUAUCAGUGAGAGUAAGAUGGAACUGCUGGACCUUUGUUCUAAGAAUGAACUGUCGGUCAACCUCUUCUCAGAGGAAGAUGUCGACAAUCUGUUUGACGAUGAAGACGACGAUUCGACAUUAAGCAGUGAUGUCUGUUCGCUCAAGAUUCGUUAUGAGUCUUUCCAGGACAACAUGAGGGAAAAAACAAAUGUUCUGCAGGAGGAGACGCAGUUCAACUUCUUCCCCAGCGUCCUGGCCAACUGUGCCAAGAAAGAGGAAGGAGCAGCAGUCUUGAGGAGAACCGCGGAGGAUCUUCAGCCCAAAACUGAUGAACUGAUCCUGGAGGGAGCACAGGAAGGAAAGGCCGGGGACUGCAGUGCUAGGAGUCCACUUGAUGGUUCCCACGGCUCGCCUAUGUCCACUCCCAAAGUCAGCUACCUAAUGGACUUCAAUUCCACAGAGGAGUCAGGGGAGUUCAGUGAUGACAGCUCCUGCACUGGCUCGUCCUCAGACACCCUGCAGGAGGGAAAGUUUAAAAAGAGCCACUCAAAGAGAUUCCUCAGUCCCUCGAACCCUCUCAACUAUGGCUUGCGUUCCAAAAGAAAGGUUCGAUACAGCGAUGAUUACUUAUAUGAUGUCGACUCGCUUGAGAGUGAGAAAAAUGCGGAGAAAAAGGAGAAAGCCCCUGCUGGUCAGAAAGAAGAGGAGGAUGUAGACUGGUGCCCCAAAAAACGCCGGAAAUCCUGCCGCAAAGAGCCACCUGUGGUCAUCAAGUACAUCAUCAUCAACAGGUUUAAAGGAGAGAGACUCAUGUCAGUGAAACUGGGCAAGCUGGACCCUGUGGAUGCGACUGUGAGCUUAAAUGCCGACACAGUAAGCAAAUAUGAGACACUGGCUCCUCUGAAGCAUUUCUGGCAGGAGAAGCAAAGAGAGAGACAGGAACAGCUUAAGCUGGCUGCCAGAGAUAAACAACAACGCGGUUUUCAUCUAAACGGACGCCACCAUCGCCCUUUUAAUUCUAGUCAUCCCAAAAGGAAAUACAAGAUUGCAAACCGGCUUAAGGUUCAGAGGAUUCACACUGUGGAGCAAUCAGCAACAGCACAGUCCUCCCCUCUCUCUGAUCGGGGCCAGGGAGGUGUCACUAAAGAAGAGGCCACCCCCACGGUGGGAGGAAUAAUAGCAGCCCCAGGCCUCCCAGUCACAUUAGACACAAACUCCAUCACACACACAGUCACAGCCAAGAGCCGCUCCCAGGAGAGGGAGGAGAGGGAGGGGAGGAGAUUGGGAGGAAAUAAAACAGUCAGGAUAAGGAAAUUCAAAAGCGAAGCCAGGCUGAGGAGCAAGAAAAUAAAAGAGGCAGAAGGAGAGGAGGGGAGGAGCGUGACGAAUGAAACGGAUGCCUGUGUCACUGCGGCACAGAUUGAGGACCCCACUGCUGGGUUAGAAGAGGCAGGCAUUAGCUCAACUACAGUCAAACCACAUUUCUCUGACAAUACCGCCACCGCUCAAGCCGCUGAGGAGAAAUUCCCCUUUGUUUCAUCCACCUGCUCUCCUGACAAAGCUGCCUCCUCCUCAGAGGAGGUGGAGACGGGUGUCCCUGUCAUCCCGGGGGGCUACCUGCAGACCCUGUUAGAUGCCACAGACUCCUCAGGUGGAGCAGCUAUCUCUUAUUUCCCCCAGCAGUCCUCUAGGCAGCAGUAUUCUCUUGGACUGUCCCUGGAGGAGAAACAGUUUUCUUCACUGCAGCUCGCUCAGAGCUGCGUCCUCUCGCCUCCCUCUGAGUCCGAGCUCCAGCAGUCUCCUCAGAACUGCCCCAGCUUCCCCCAGAUGUGGCACCCACAGCUCUGUGCAAGUCACAGCCAGAGCUUUGGGUCUGAGACCCCCGAGACUCCCAUCUUACCCAACAACUUCCCAGCUGCUGUUCCCCUGAAUGACAGCCUGCCAGUGUCUAACUACAGCCAGCUGAGCCCUGAGGCUGACAGGCUGCUUUAUGAGAAGAGCUACCUGAGUGAGUCUGGGCUGCAGCCCGGGGCAGAUCUGCAAGUGUGUCAGUCUGCCUGCGUGGAGGGCCAGGUGCAAUACCAGCGAGGGUCCCUGUGCACAGACAAUGGCAGGCUCAUCAGCUAUGACUCAGUGGGCUCUCUGUCAGCCUCCUCCAGCAAUUACAGCUCACUCAGCCUCAAGUCUUGUGAGCGAGAGGGUGAGGAGGAGGGCCGAGACAGCUUCUUAGCUCAUUGCAGUCCUAAAGUGGUGAUUCAGCAGAGUGUGGAUGCCCUUACCCCACUCAGGGAGUCCUCAGAUCUGCUGGAUAUCUCUAACUUCACCCCUGACAAGUUUAGGCACUCAUCACUCUCAGAGCUUUCCCCCCCUGAGACCCCAAAUCUGUCCCCUCAGGUUGUUGGGCGUGAGAUGAAGAUGGCAGGGAAUGUUGGAGAAUAUCAGGAUGUGAAUGAUAUAAGCAUGGACUGCAAUAGGGAGGUAAAGUGGAACUGUGACGUCAUACAGCAACAGGAGCGCACGGCAAGCGCAUACCCGGUGGAGGACAACCAGUUUCCGCUACACAACUUCAACAAUCAAGAUGUCUUAGGUUUAGAUAAAAAAGAGAUGGCAGCUACAGAAUUUGAUGAACAGAAUGGGGCAAAAAGCAUUAAGUCAAAAAGGAAAGGCAGCUGCAAACAAACAGCAGGAGGACAGAGCCCGAAGAAGGUCCGGGCUCCGAGAGCCCCCAAGUCAGAGAAGGUCAAGACUCCCAAACAGAACUCUCGUUCCACCAAAAAGAUAAAGGCCAUGUUAGAGGGUAAAGCAGCAAAGAACCAGGCAGGUGGCACAGGCCUGACUGACAGUAGCAGCACUGGGGACUGGCCCGGCACCGGAUGGUCGGAGAGUAACAGCCUGGUGGGGGAUGACCAGAGAGAAUUUGAGGAGCCCUCCAAUAUUCUGUCCAACAUUGUCUCUGGCAUGGCUGAGGUCCAAAGGUUCAUGAUGGCCUCCAUUGAGCCACUCUGGAACCCCAUGUCGGAGGCCUGCAUGCCCUCUGAGGCCAACAGUCUCAACCUAAAGACCCUCAAAAUCUUGGCAGGUACUGAGGCUGACCUGAAGAAAAAAGGAGCUGUGCUCACAGGGGCUGGGAGAGGCAGAAAGGCAGGGGGGAAAGGAGGCAAAAACCAGGCCAAAUUCAACCCCUCUCAUCCUUUGUUCCCUCAACUUGCUCUAGGCUGUAACAUGUUUGAUAAACCCAACUUUAUUAACCCCGGGCCUGCUCACAAAAAGCUGUACCGCCACAAGACGAGUGCAAAGUUCCCUCGGAUUGAGACACUGAAGGGGAAGCGAGCUGAGAGAGACCCAAAUAAGGACAUAGCACUGAUGACCUCUUUUGAGAAACUGAGGUAAUAUUUUGUUAUCAGCUGCUGUUGUACCCCCUCCCCUCCCCCUCUCACUUUCCCCCACUACCUGCUCAGCCCUCCCUCCCAAACAUACCUACACUGACGCUAUGCCAGAGCUGCAUGAGUUCUACGUUUCCCCCCUGACUACUCCCACUUCCUUUUAACCCCCUGAAGAGGAAAUUAAUAUCUGCAUGAGAAACUUCUUGUACUUUGCAAACUACCUAUUGAGUGAUUGUGUCAAGCUUGAUUGAGAUUUGAAACGACCAUGGCUGCAUUUUUCUUGCUUUUGUUGUUUCUGCUUUGUUUGUUCUUCUUAUAGUCGUUUUUUUUUUUCUUUCCUUUUUUGUUUGAUUUUUGUCUGAAAAAGAGAAAUAAGCCUUGAAAAAAGUUCUGUCGCCUUUUUGAGGAACUUUGUUUUUGUAUUUUCUCAGCAGAACUAGCUUCCCUGAAUUACAUAUUUAUUUCCCUUUUCCCUAAAGAUGUAGCUAUAUACAUAAAUGCAUUGAGUGACAUCUACGCACCCCUCCUCCUCAUCUGUUUUUGUAUGCAGAAUAUGGAUGUCCUGUUGUUGCUGUCCGUCAUACACUGCCUGGCUCAUUUCAAGAGGGAAACCUUCAAUAAAUGAGCCCAAUUUAAGCCCGAGACAUCUUAAACACGAGAUGGGACCAUUUUGUAUUGAUGACAUAUCAGACAUUGUCUUUUCCCCCCCCCCUCAAAGUUGGAAUGGCUCCCCCUUUCCUUUUGUCAAGUUUUUGUUUUCUUCUUCUGGAGUUUAGAGGAACUGGUUAUCUAAAUUAACAUUUUUACGCCUUGCAAAUUCAUAAAAGCUCCACCCUCAGAGUAUUUUUGUCAAUGUUGUUGUACAGGGACAUGCAAUAUUUGCAAAAAAGAAAAAAGAAAAAAAAAGAAAAAAAGAUAAUUAUAAUCUUAAAAUCAUUGUGCCAAAAGUAACAAUGCUGUGUAAAUGACCUCUUAUAUAUGUGUGAAUAUUGGCUGUUCCUCUUUUCUAUCCAUUGGGAUAUUGGCUGCUCGGGUUGGAGACUCCUUACAGAGACUUGCAACUACAGGAAUUCUUUAUUUGAGACUUUUCUCUCUCUUCUCUGAUGAAAGGCACCAACAGCUGGCAGUGGUACACAACCACUCACUAAACCAAAUCAGAAAGACUCUGAAUUCUCCUCGUUUCCCCCCACUUUGUUUGCCAAAUUCAAUUUACCUCAACAUCGCCUGGCACUGAGAAGCAACAAAAGAGAGGCAAAGGGGAGAUCUGCUCUGAAGGCUACUGUAGAGGAAGGAGAUGAAAAAAAAAAGAGAGAGAGAUGUUCAAAUGAGCUUUCUCUGGACCAAGAAGAGUGUAGCGCAGAUGUCUGAGGGUAAGCAAGAAGAUGAUUUGUCAUUUGGGGCUGUGCCUCACCGAAAAGCUGUUUGUACUGGAAAUUUAAGGCAGUAGAGAUUCUGAUGCGCACAUCAGUCGCGAAUGGACAUUAUUGCAGUCAAUGUGAACGUGAAAGCAGUUUUCAGUACAAAUAGAAACAGUAAUCUUGUAAAUGAAGGAAAGCAUGUCUUUGCAUUCACUCCAUGUGGAAUUUUUACUUCUAUCUUACCUGAAAAAAAAUGGUAAUUUAAACAGUAACUUUUCUUGACAUUCUCAUGUAAUUUAUUUCAUGGCGCUGCCGUAUUUCAGUCUGAUUAUUUAGCUCAUAUUUCCCAUAAUGUCCAUAAUGUUUCUUUCUUUUCAUUCUACUUCAUUUUACAUCAUUGACUGUCCUGAUUCAUGGGUCAGAAUUCUGGCAGAAAAUAUUGUGACCAGAAAUUUAAGGCUAAAUACAGGCACAAAUUGAAAAGAAAUAUAUAUUAUAUACAUUGCGUCUAUCUGAUCCAGCGUAUUCACAGGCCAUUGCUUUUAAAUUACUUUGGGCUCAUUCACUACCUCACAGCUCUGAAAUAAACAUCUAGAAAGCCACUUAAAAAUGAACCAUACAAUCACGCUUAAUCAGUAAUAAAAUCGCUUUGAUUUUAUACACUAAACGAAUUUCAGGAGAAAUGCAGAUCCAAUCAAACACUUAGUAUAUUGUGUAGAAAUAUGUGAAAUUAUUUUCACUGUCUUUUAAACAAUGUUAUCAUUUUUAGCAGUAAUUACAUGAGACUGCAUGGAGAUGUACGGACAAACUGAUUGACUGAUUGAUUGAUUUUAAAACAGGCCUUGUCACAGUGGAUAUGGCAGUUCUGACACACAGGUUAUAUUAAUUGAUUGCUUGCAUACAGCAAGAAUCGUAAUCAAUCUUUCUGUGUCUCUUUUUUUUCUCUCUCUCCUCUCUGCCAUGAUCCUUUGUUUCUUUUCUAUAGUGUAUCAGGGUUAGGACCAAGACAAGCUGCUGAUGGGAAGCUCCACAUGGGCUGCAAGCCCAUUUAGUCUGCCUUCUCUCAUUUCUGCCUAUUGUCAAAUUGAAUGUACUUCUCUGAGUUCAUAAUUUUCUUUCUUCCUUUUUUUUCGGUUUGUUUUUAAAAUGUGCCACUGUUGAGCUGCCUCAUGUUAAUGGUGCUAAGAAAGCUGACAAUUGUUUUCUUUUCUUUACCGUUCAGUUUCGAUUUUUUUAUUUUCAUUUUUUGGUAUGUUUCAUUUCACCAGUGUUAAUGAAAAAAAAAAGAAAUGCAAAAUAGAUUAGGUUCCUAACCCUCUUUAUGAAUGUAUAUUAUAAUGUUAUGUUUGAUGUAUUCACUUCAUGAUUCUUUGACACUGAUUGGAAUUACUUUUGCUCUUUUCAUUAAAAGAUUACCGAGCUUUAUAUAUACUGUCUAGAGUUGUUACCAGAAGGAAUCUUAAUGAACUCUUGACACUACAAAAUCUUGUAUAUUUUUUGUGUGCCAAUUUGUAACAUAUUUUGUAAGUGUAUAUUUUUCUUAGAAAGUGCUGUGAAGUAUUUGUGUGUGUGAGUAACCUUUUAUGCGCCUCUAUGGGCAGUGGAAAGGAUAUACAAUGACAAGUUUCUGGUUUUAAAAACCAAAAUAUGAAAGUAUCAACAGAAAACUAGAAAUAUUUACAUUUUGUUGGGAGUUUUGUAAUAAGACCAUGAUCUUGUUGUGAGAGUGUUGUGUUACUGUGCAAAACACAAAUAAGCAAAGAAAAAAAAAUGAAAACUUGGAAAAAAAUAUAAUUUGUGAACAAUUUGCUG